AUGGCUGGAAGAAACGAUGUUGCGAUUGUUGCUGCUUUGGAAUCCAUGGCUCAUGCUAUGGAGAAUCAGCCGAACACUGACGGGAAUGCUGGGUCUCGCAGUUUGGCGACUUUUCAGAGGGAGAAUCCCUCUAAUUUUAAAGGUAUGUAUGAUCCUGAUGGAACGUUGGCUUGGCUAAAAGAGAUAGAGAGGAUCUUCCGUGUGAUGGACUACACUCCAGCACAGAAGGUUCGUUACGGGACUCAUAUGCUGGCAGUUGAAGCUAAUGACUGGUGGUUAGAAAAUCGUCAGAGGUUGGAGAACGCUGGUGAAGAGAUCACGUGGGCUGUUUUCCGUAAGGAAUUUCUAAGGAAGUAUUAUCCUGAGGAUGUUCGGGGUAAGAAGGAAAUUGAGUUUCUUGAGCUGAAGCAAUGA